GCACACCCACCCUCGCUUGGGGUAUAAAGAGUCAUCCCCCCUGUCCCUCCAAAAUCCCAAUCUUGUCCUCGCCUCGACAUGUCUGUCUACGAUACCAACUCUGAGAGUGAUACUGGCUUUGCAGAUUUUGUCAAAGGAGGUGGUGUCGGUCUCGCCAACCCAGCAGUAUCCAAAAGCCGUCGCAGACUCCUGGAUUUAAUAAAUCGUCUGCACAGCACCGGUGCUCAGGUGGACAUUGACCUUCCACAGAUUGCUGUCACCGGGUCUCAGAGCGCGGGAAAGUCAUCUCUCAUCGAGUCGAUUUCCGGUAUCACCCUUCCUCGUGCGACAGGUACAUGCACAAGGUGCCCUACAGAGUGUCGUCUAGCGAGCUCUACCGAAACCUGGAAAUCCAUCAUUUCGUUACGGUUCAUCAAAGACGCCAAUGGCCAGCUGCUGGGUACGGCGCGUAACGAGCAAUUCGGCGAGGUCAUCCACGACAAGGCAGAGGUCGAAGAGCGCAUUCGACGGGCCCAACGCGCUAUUUUAAACCCGAACCGACGCUCUACAGACUUUCUCGAGGGCGAAGAUGAGGAUCUGCCCGAAAACCUGCUUUCCUUUUCCACCAACUGCGUUUCGGUGCAGAUCACUGGGCCGGGCGUCGCAGAUCUAUCUUUCUGUGAUUUACCCGGCUUGAUCGCAAGUGUCGGUAGUACCGGAAACGAAGGCGACAUCAAGCUUGUCAAAACGUUGGUGGAAUCAUACAUCUCCAAACCGAGCUGUCUGAUUCUCCUGACCGUCGCCUGCGAAACCGAUUUUGAGAACCAAGGCGCUCAUCACCUAGCGAAGAUGCAUGACCCAGAAGGAAAGCGCACCAUCGGCGUGCUCACCAAACCGGACCGCAUCCCCCCCGGCGACGAGGCUGGCUGGCUGAAUUUCAUCCGCAACGAAAGGGAGCCUCUUGAAAACAACUGGUACUGCGUAAAGCAGCCUUCGUCCUCGGACAUCAAGAACGGCAUCACAUGGGCCGAAGCACGAACCAAGGAGAACGAAUUCUUCGCGAUGACGACUCCCUGGGCCGAAGUCGAUCCCAUGUACCAGCGUUAUCUGCGCACCUCGAAUCUUGUCGAGCGUCUGAGCAACAUUCUCUCCGAUUUGAUAUCGAAAAGACUUCCAGACAUCCAAGUGGAGCUCGAGCACGCUAUGGAAGGAGCCCUCGACCAGCUGGCCAAACUGCCUAAGGAGCCAUCCAAGAACCCGCUGCACGAGAUCUCGGCCCUCCUCGCCGCGUUUAGCAUGGACGUCUCUAAACAUGUCGAAGGUAAACCUGACGAGGAGGGGAUCCUUCAGUCCAUUCGACCGGCUCAGGAAAUGUUCAAGCGGGAUAUUCGAGGGACCGUUCCGCAGUUCCGUCCGUUUGAGCGGAGCGUCGCUGGUGAUCAGGUCCUCUUCGCUGCUCCGUCGUUCUUGAGCAACGAGGAAGACGAUAAGGCGGGAUAUGAUGGAGGAGGAGAAGCUUUCCAUGACUGCAUCUGUGUGGAUGAAGUGCACACCAGGACUCUCCAUGCACGUACUCGAGAACUUCCUGGUCAUUACCCAUUCGUCGUACAAACCUCAUACAUCCUCACAUUCACCGAAAAGUGGCAUACUCCCGCCAAGAUUCUGUGCAGAUCUGUUUAUGGCGUCCUCACCGAGCUUAUCAACAGGCUUAUCACCGAACACUUUGGUUCGUUUGGGCAACAACUCCUGGAGCAGCGUGUUCGAGUAUGCGUCCAGGAGCACCUGAAGAAACAGCUCGAGCAAACCGAGGCUCGAAUCGAGUGGCUCGUCAAGCUGGAAGCCCUGCCGUAUACUCUGAACACUCACUACCUCUCCGACUACACCGAGAAAUUCCUUGCGUACUACAAAGGCGCGAGGAGCAAGCAGGAACACGGAGCUCUGACUUCGGCACUAGAAAGCUCUCAUAGCACCGUCAGUGAGAUCCUAUCGGGCUUAAACACCGUCGGCAUCAGUGGAGUCCAAGGCGAAGAUUUGGCAAAGCUGCUUCCUGCGGACCGCAUGGAGGCAUCUUUGAGGAUAAUGGCAGACGUUCGGGCGUACUUUCAAGUCGCCUACAAACGGUUCGCCGACAACGUCCCUCUCGCCAUCGACUACGACCUUGUUCGAGGCGUUGACCGAGGCUUGUUGGCGACUUUAUCCGAGCGAUUGGGAAUUUACGGAUCCAACGGAAAAGACAUCUGCGAGGAACUCACCCAAGAGUCACCCCAGGUCGCCGGUCGCCGUGAGGAAUUGAUGAAAAAGCUGGAGCGUUUGCAGAGUGCCAGCGAAGAAUUGAUGGGAACCAGCUAAAUACAUACUGAUCAAUGUGAUAGAUGACAUGAUACAGUAAAAAUAAGUGAUUUUUGGCGAUUUCCAGUUUCUAGUUACAUGUUCAUUAUGCAAAUGCCGCGGCCGGCUGCUGUCCAAUACUUGCAGCAUCAAGAUCCUGGCCAUUCACAAAGGCCCGGGUACAUUGCGCCAUCGUCACCGAACUAUAGAGAAAUUUCAAAUUGAUCAGUAAC